CUGAAGCCAUUCAAAGCUAUGGCCAUGCUCAGAGUGUCUUCCUACCGCAAGCUGUUUGAGGACGACAGCUGGAGACGAAACGGAGGGUUGAGCGUGCGGUGUGCGGGGCAAUACCGGGCCUCUGUCAGGGCUGCUGCUGUUGAUGACUGUGAUAAGCUAGACUUUGCAGCUGCCAGGGCUCAGAACAAAGAAGGUCUGGACCAGUUUGUCCAGGACCGCACCGUCAUUGCUGCCCUCAAUGACCGCCUGGUCAGACUGAUUGAGCUGGCUCGUUGUUUUGAGGACGACAAUGAGUCUCUUGAAUGUCAGAUCACUGAGUUGGAGGAAGAGCUGAACAAUCGCCAGGCCUCUUCCAGCAUCACCUCCACUGUGGCGGUGCCCGACCACAGCCUGGACGCUGUGGUGGAAAGACUGGGCAAGCAGAGGGAUGGGAUUCUGAAUGACACACAGGAGCUGCAGAAAGAGCUCAAGCUCCUGAAGAAAGACUAUGAGAAGGCGUCGCAGCAGAGGAUCUUCGUCCGGCAGGAACAACAAGAUGUGGCUGAGGAAGUGGAUGCUGUGACAGCAGAGUGUUUGGCUCUGAGGGAGCAAGUGACUAUCUACGAGGAGCAGCUGGCCAGCAUGGAGACCCUGCACAGGACGACAGUGGAGGAUAUGCUGGAGCCCAACGAAGGGAUCACCCGGGCAGCAGUGAUUAAAUUUGGCAGCCCUGACAUUGCUCCGGCUUUGGAUGUAAAAAAGUACUACUGCCAACUGGCUGAGACACUCCAGUAUGAGUGCGGUGCAGCCUCCUCUGCUGUGGUCCACAGUGGUGACGGAAAGGAAGUGGAAGUGGGAGGAACUGGAGGGUCAACGGUCAAAGACUUGACAAAGAUAAAGGACGCCGGUGAGAUAAAGAUGCUGAUUUCAGAGCUACAAAAGGAGCUUGCUGAGCUCGAGAAGCAUAACGAGGAAUUGGAGGACGAGGUUGAAAUGAAGAAGGCUGCAUACAUGGAUGAGAUUGCUGAUCUAGAGGCGACUAUAGAUGAAAUGAAGUGUCAGAAGGCCAAUUUCCAAGAACAGAUGAAGGAGCAGUGUGAAGACUAUAAGUUUCUGCUCACUCAGAAGAUGGCCAGAGACAUGGAGAUUGCUGCUUACAGGAGUCUUGUGGAGGAAGAGGAGGAGAGACUGUGCAGCCUGUGACUUAAGCCUGAGCAGUCAGAUCGGCUGUCCUGACUGUGGUUGUGCUCCCCAACACAGACAAAAGACAAACGCGUAAAAACAGACCCCAUUUCUGCACUUCGAUGAAGCUUAACGCAACGAUUCGGCAAUUUGAGCAGACGUAAACUUAGUAUGACAGAUUAAUGCUGUCUGGAGGCCUACAGUAAGCCGGGCCAUUGAUUACAGGUUUCUGGCAGAUGACCCUGAUACUCCAAGAAAGAUGGAGCUGUCUAAAACUGGUGGGGGCUGUGGGAUGAGUGUGUAUCCGUGCAGCGUCUGGAAGGGAUAUUUCGUUAAGUGAGGUUUUAUCUUUACCAGCUCUCUGAUAUGACUCAUAAAUGCUUUGUCCCCUCUUUGUUGAACAAGACUGACACGCAAUCGCAGAUAAACACACACACACACACACGCACACACCCUCAACUGUGCGGCUCCGCGGAGUCAUUCCCGCUCUGAUAUCACCUCGUCCAUCACUCAGCCUCUGUCUGGCUCUUAACCUGCGACCCCGUCACUGUUAACAAAGACAAUGACGGCUCUCUCUUUGGUAACUAAAAGCGUUUCGCCUUCCCUUUGCUUUUUCAGCCAUACAUUUGAGUUGGUUUUGACGGCCGAGAGUCCAGCGUGCUGUGUUUGCUUUUCAAAUGGUUCAUGAAGUUGUUUUUCUGCAGCUCUUUCAAAAUGAGCACCUGGAUCUUUCCACAAGAAAAACUCUGUGUGAUUAAUCAUUGCUUCUUUCAAAAGCAGUGUCCCAAUUUACUGUCGUUUCGGAAAUAAGCAUUCGGUAAUACAUUCCCUAGUAAUCUUUUCCUUAUUUUCUACACAAUGUUAAAGCCGUCUGCGAUAAAUCAUUUUUGGUUGCUGCCUCUGCACAAGCAUCAAAAUGUACUUUAGAUUUAAAUUGAUUAAAACUAGUUGCUUGAGAGAUCAA